AUGCUGCUUUUUAUCGCCUCGUUUUUGAUUUCCGCAAUUGCGGUCUACAUAUGGCUUUACUAUGAAAAUGUCAAGCGAUAUCCUAAAGGACCCCUACCAGUUCCUAUAUUUGGAAAUUUGCUAUCUGCCAAUAUUCGAAAACUGCACGAGCAACUAUCAGAUUACGCAAAAGAUUACGGUAGCGUCUAUACUGUAUGGCUGCCAAGGCCAUUCGUAGUUAUUACUGACUAUGAGCUCAUCAAGGAAGCGUUUGCGAAGAAAGGUGAUGAAUUCUCCGGAAGACCACAAGGUUAUCCCAGCGACAUAUUCAAUAUAAUUGAAAACGGAGGGGUGAUCAAUUCAGAGGGUGAAAACUGGAAGGAGCAGCGCAGGAUUUCAUUGCAUAUACUCAGAGACUUUGGGAUGGGAAAAAAUCUUAUGGAAGAACAGGUCUUGCUCUCAGCUCAAGAAUUUCUCGCUCAUAUGGCUUCCAUCAAAAAUAAAGAUGCAAUGGAUUUGCGGCAUCCACUACAGGUUUUUAUUGCGAACAUCAUUAACAAGACACUGUUCGGGUUCAGUUACGAAUAUGACAAAAGUGAUCGUCUUAUGCAUGGAGUAGAUCAGCUGACGCAAUUUUUCGACGAUAUUAAAGACAGCAAAAUGAUGUUCUUCAGCCAAUUGUUUCCGGGGUUAGAUCGAUGGCCGAUAAUAAAAAGCUUAGCCAGAGACCGAUUCAUGCAGACAAUUGAUGUGGUAAAAAAUAACAUCAGAGAAGACGUGAAACGUUGCUUGGAAACUUAUAGUGCAGAUCAAGAGCCAGAAUGUUUUGUGCAUGCAUACUACCAGCGAAUGCAGAACAACUCAAAUCUAGACUAUGACAAUCUUCUCAGCGUAUGCAUGGAUUUCUUUGUUGCUGGAAUGGAAACGACAACGACGACUCUUCGUUGGGGCUCGUUAUUUCUUGCCACCAACAUUGAAGUACAAGAUAAAAUUAGAGCCGAGAUUAUGAAUGUCUUGGGUGCUGAUGGGAAACCUAGCACAUCGCUUAGGAACAGAAUGCCGUACACUUGCGCUGCCAUCCAAGAAAUCCAGAGGUGUGCUAAUAUCAUCCCUCUGAAUGUUUUCCAUCGAACCACAACGGAUACAACCAUCGGGAAUAUUCGUAUUCCUAAUGACACUCAAGUUAUUGGACACAUCAACCACGUCUUGGCUCGAUCACCCGUUUUUAAAAAUCCGAGGGAGUUUAGGCCAGAAAGAUUUCUUAUGGAUGAUGGCGUCACUCCCAACAAAGAAGCGGUAGAACAACUCUGUCCCUUCUCAGUUGGCAAGCGACAAUGUGCAGGAGAGGCUCUAGCUAGAGUGGAGCUAUUCAUAGGCCUCGUAACACUGCUCCAAAACUACAAGAUAGAACCCGCAAAAGGGCAUGAGGUAGACCUCGAGCCGAUUUUCGCUGCAGUUCUGCUACCAAAGCCACAACCUCUUCACCUCAUUCCACUGUCGUCUCAGUAG